ACUGAAGCUAUACUCCCAAUUAUGCUAAAUACAGGAACUCUGUUGUAUCACUGAGAAGCUGAAGUCUGGGCUGCAGAUUGAAAUCUAUGAAAGCAAAGCAUUGUUCAGCAGUCUUUGGCUUUUAAGCUGUUGGCCAAAAUGAGUAACUAUUUGGAAAUGGCAAAUGAUAAAAUGCCUGCAGAGAACAUGGAUGUUCAAAUGAAGAAUGAGCAAGAUCUGGAUGCUGUUCAGGAAGAUAUUGAGAUGAGUGCUGGAUCAAAUGGAAAUGAUGCCAAUGAAAACGACCCCAGUUGGCACAGGCCAUGUAGUAAUGAAGCUGAUGAAAAUGGGAAAGAAACAGCUAUGAUUGUGGAAUCCUUAGACAGUUGUAAAAGCAAUGAAUUAUCUUCUAAAUCCAAAAUCCAGAAGGAAUUGAUAAAAACACUGCAAGAACUGAAAGGCCAUCUUCCUCCAGAUAAAAGGAUCAAAGGCAAAUCUAGUAUCCUGGCAACUCUAAAGUAUGCACUUAGAAGUAUUAAGCAAGUUAAAGCUAAUGAAGAAUAUUAUCAGAUGAUGAUGGUUAAUGAGACCUAUCCUUGUAGUCUUGAUAUAUUAUCCUACACAGUGGAAGAGGUUGAUAACAUUACUACAGAAUAUAUCAUGAAGAAUGCAGAUAUGUUUGCUGUUGCUGUUUCUUUGGCUACUGGAAAAAUCCUUUACAUAUCAGAUCAGGCUGCCUCCAUUCUUCGCUGUAAGAAAGACUUCUUUAAAAAUGCCAAAUUUGUGGAAUUUCUGGCACCUCAGGAUGUCAGUGUGUUCUACAGUUCUACCACUCCCUACAGAUUGCCAUCCUGGAGUAUUUGCAAUGGAGUUGAGUCUGCCACCCAAGAGUGCAUGGAAGAGAAAUCUUUCUUCUGCCGAAUCAGCACAGGAAAAGAACAUAAAAACGAGAUCUGCUACCAGCCAUUUCGUAUGACUCCAUAUCUUAUCAAAGUGCAAGAUGCAAAGAAUACAGAAGAUCAGCUUUGUUGUGUAUUGCUUGCAGAAAAGGUGCAUUCUGGCUAUGAAGCACCCAGAAUCCCUCCUAAUAAAAGAAUAUUCACAACCACUCAUACUCCAAGUUGUUUGUUCCAGGAUGUAGAUGAAAGAGCGGUGCCUCUUUUGGGAUACUUACCUCAAGACUUAAUUGGAACUCCUGUCUUAGUGCAUCUCCAUCCAAGCGACAGACCUUUAAUGCUAGCAAUUCACAAGAAAAUACUUCAGUGUGGUGGACAACCAUUUGAUUAUUCACCAAUCAGGUUCUGCACUAGAAAUGGAGAAUAUGUAACUCUGGAUACUAGCUGGUCCAGUUUCAUCAAUCCCUGGAGCCGAAAGGUUUCCUUUAUAAUUGGAAGGCACAAAGUUAGAACAGGUCCCUUGAAUGAAGACGUGUUUGCACCUCAUUGCACAGAGGAUAAAAUCCUGCACCCUAGCAUUCAAGAAAUCACAGAGCAAAUACAUCGGUUACUAUUGCAGCCUGUACACAACAGUGGCUCUAGUGGCUAUGGAAGUUUGGGCAGCAAUGGAUCACACGAACACCUAAUGAGCGUAGCUUCAUCCAGCGACAGCAAUGGAAACAAUAAUGAAGACAGCCAGAAGAUACACAAGCCUAACUGUUCUCAAGAUAUUUAUAAAAAUGGAACUGUGACCAAAAAUAAAGGACACAUGUUUGUCGAUUCCAGAUCGAAGCUUGAUGAUCAAAAAAAAUCUUAUAGAGAAAAUUCUAGUGACUGUUGUAGUUACAUGAAAGGUACCACUCAGUCAGCUGAAAAUGAUGCUGUUGGAAUUGCUUGUCAAAGCAGCCUGGCUACAGAAGAACUGGAUUGGGCAGAACAGCCUGUGUAUUCGUAUCAGCAGAUCAGCUGUUUAGAUAGUGUUAUCAGGUAUUUGGAAAGUUGCAGCGCACCUGAUACAGUGAAGAACAAUUCUCUGCCUACAUCAAAUGCUGUUUCAUUGGAUUCUGAUGCACACAGAAAGCAAGCAAAUGAUAACACACAAACAUCUACAGGUCCUCCACUGUUGGAGACGCCAGACAAACCGAGCGCAUCUCCCGUGGUUAGCGCUCACUUGACCUCCUUGACUUUGCCUGGGAAACCAGAAAGUGUUGUGUCUUUCACCAGUCAGUGCAGCUACAGCAGCACCCUCGUUCACGUGGGAGACAAAAAGCCACAGCCUGAAUUAGAAAUAAUAGAAGAUGGUCAGAAUGGAACAGAACCCACUGACAAUCAACCUGUUGCUGUCCAGUCCAGCAGUACACCAAAAACCCAGGAAAAAGAAACAUUUAAGAAACUAGGGCUUACAAAGGAAGUCCUUGCAGUGCAUACACAAAAAGAAGAGCAGAGCUUUCUGACAAAAUGUAAAGAAAUCAAAAGAUUCCAUAUAUUUCAGUAUCAUUGCAAUUACUACUUUCAAGAAAGACCCAGAGGGCAUCCUGGUGAACGAGGUAUUCAUGGACUACGGCAUGGCUCUGGAAUAGAUCAGGCUUGGAAGAAAAAUGGAAAGAAUAGGAAAUCAAGGUCGAAGUCCAAACGAUUGAAGCCACAUGAAUCUUCAGACAGCACAACUUCUCGUACCAAGCCCCCCCAUCGGCUUCCUCUGCUUGGCCCCAAUAGUGCAGCCUGGUCUCCAUCAGAUGCCUCCCAAGCAAGCUAUCCAGCCAUGCCUUUUCCUGCAGUUAUGCCUGCAUAUCCACUUCCAGUUUUUCCAGCUACAGGGUCUGUGCCCCCAGGCCCCGAAGCUUCUCUCUCUGCUUUUAAUGAAUCACAGGAUUCAGGAAGUCAGUGUCCUUUGCCAUUAUCACAACUUUCUGCCCCUCUAAUGACUCCAAUGGUAGCACUGGUUCUCCCCAACUAUGUAUAUCCUCAGGUGAAUAGUGGUGUUCCUCAGACACUUCAUCCUGAUCAGCCAAGCUUUUCUGCUCAGCAUUCUUUCUCUUCCCAAGCAAUGUUUACAGCACAGCCUCCUUUCACUGCCUCCAACACGUUUCCUCCACAAAUGUUAUUCCCAGCACAGCCAUUCCACUAUAAUCCAUCAGCAGAUAGUGAAAAGACCCCUGUUGUAGAAUCUCGAAAUGAACCGUCCCGUUCCUGCACUCCACAGUCUCUUGGUCCACAAGAUCAGACCUCGCCACCAUUGUUUCAGUCACGGUGUAGUUCGCCUCUGCAGCUGAACCUUCUGCAAGAAGAAAUGCCAAAAUCAAUGGAAAGUGGAACUGCUGGUACACUGGGGAACCAGGGAACUUUAACAGAUGAAGGGACCAGUAGCAAACCCCUGAGUUCAGAUUGUAACAGAAAAGCAUCUUCUUGUGAUGGGUCUCCAAUGGAAACUCAGAACAGUGAUGCCUUCUCUGUCUCCAGCGACCUACUUGAUAUUUUACUUCAGGAAGACGCGUAUUCAGGCACCGGAUCUGCUUCUUCUGGAAGUGGCGUUUCUGCAGUGGCAGAGUCUUUGGGAUCUGCAUCAAAUGGAUGUGGCAUGUCAGGCAGUGGAACUGGUGACAGCGAGACAAGUCAUACCAGCAAAUAUUUUGAGAGCAUUGAUUCCUCAGAAAACAAUAGUAAAAUAAAAGGCACAGAAGUGGAAGAAAGUGAGAGCUUCGUUAAAUACAUCCUCCAGGAUCCCAUCUGGCUGCUGAUGGCAAAUGCAGAUGAUGCUGUAAUGAUGACCUACCAGAUACCAUCCCGAAAUUUGGAAACUGUUUUAGAAGAGGACAAAUUGAAACUCAAACAAAUGCAGAAGUUCCAGCCAAAGUUUACUGAAGCGCAAAAGAGAGAACUACUUGAAGUACAUCCAUGGAUUCAGAAGGGUGGACUUCCACCAGUUGUUUCUAAUUUGGACUGUGUAUAUUGUGAAGAAAACAUUGAAAGCAAAUGUUGCAUGCAAGAUGAAGAAGAAAUCCGUGAAAUGGAGCUUAAUGAAAUGAAUGAGGCCAAUGGAGAAAAUGGUUUGGUUUCCCUGAGCCAAGUCAACAGUGAAAAUAUUUAACCCACUAAGAUGCAUUGCAAAAGCAUCUGCUAUUUAAUUUUUGCAGUGCAUCAUUAGAUCUUAAAGGUUUUAAAGCUUGUUUCUUGUGAAAUGGAUUUCAUUUUAUGUAAAAACAAAUGGAUUUUUUUGUUCUAGAAAAAGGUCAUUUGUGAUUAAUCUCAUUCAGCUAGGGGUAUUCCUUUCCUUCUCUGGUCACUGUUGCAG